ACCAAAACAUAUACACACACUUGAUUUAUAAGCUUCUUUCAAAAAGGAAAGCAAACACCACCUAGUUCAUUCAUUCUUUGACAUAUCAUAAUUAGUUCAAUGGGUUCCAAUAUAGUAAUUAUUUUGAUGAUUAUUGUGGUAUUAAGAGUAGUAGUAAUAGAGGGUGCAGAUGAAAGAGCAUUUUUUGUGUUUGGAGAUUCAUUAGUUGAUAAUGGAAAUAACAAUUAUUUAGCUACAAGUGCUCGUGCAGAUUCACCACCUUAUGGCAUUGAUUAUCCAACUCAUCGUCCUACUGGACGAUUCUCUAAUGGCCUUAACAUUCCUGACAUUAUCAGUGAAAAACUUGGAUUAGAGCGUACAUUGCCAUACUUGAGUCCUGAGCUUCAAGGGGGAAAGCUUCUUGUUGGUGCCAACUUUGCUUCUGCUGGGGUUGGCGUACUUAAUGACACUGGAGUUCAAUUUGUAAAUAUUAUAAGGAUUGGACAACAACUAGAGUACUUUGCAGAAUACCAAAAGAGAGUGGGAGCUUUGAUAGGAAGUGAAAAGGCAAAGAAAUUGGUGAAAGAGGGUCUUGUUCUAAUUACACUUGGUGGCAAUGAUUUUGUCAACAACUAUUAUUUAGUCCCUUUUUCUGUUAGAUCUCGUCAAUAUAUGCUUCCAGAUUAUGUCUCUUAUGUCAUCUCUGAGUACAAAAAUGUUCUUCAGAAACUCUAUAACUUAGGAGCUCGUAGGGUUAUUGUGACGGGGACAGGGCCAUUAGGUUGUGUGCCCGCGGAAUUAGCCCAAAGAAGCCGGGAUGGAAGCUGUGCUGAUGAUUUGCAGCAAGCAGCAGUAUUGUUCAAUCCACAACUAGUUGAGAUGCUUAAUGGUCUCAAUAGUGAAAUAGGCACCCAUGUUUUUGUUGCAGCAAAUACAAACCAAAUGCAUUUGGACUUCAUUACUGAUCCUCAAGCUUUUGGAUUUGUGACAUCAAAGGUAGCAUGUUGUGGACAGGGACCAUACAAUGGGAUGGGGUUGUGCACACCUUUAUCCAACUUGUGCCCAAACAGAGAUGAAUAUGCAUUUUGGGAUCCAUUUCACCCCACAGAGAAGGCUAACAGAAUCAUUGUUGAACAAAUCAUGACUGGAACAACUGAUUACAUGCACCCAAUGAACCUUAGCACCAUUAUGGUCAUGGAUUCCAAGGCUUAAUAAAUUCUACUCUCAAUUUAUUUAAAUUUCCACUAGAAAUGUUAUUCAUUUGAUGUCCUUUUAGUUGAGUAAUUCCUUCUUUGAAAAUGUAAGUGUUAUCGAGUAUAUCAUUCUCAUAACUUGUAUUCCUGCAUCUUUUCUUCUAAUAGUAUGUCUUCUUUUUUGUUUUCUUGAA